UCUCCCGCGGUAGCUCUUAAUGGUCAAUUGCCCUGUUUUUGAAUCUCUUAGGAUAAUAUAAACUCCCCUCCACCACUAUCCGGUCCUCUCCUUCCUUUCUUUCUAUUCCGUCUUCGAGAAGCGCCUCAACAAUGGGGCCCAAAUCCAAAGAUACGCUGGCGGUUACGCCUCCGCCAAAAUCAUCGUCACGGUCCCCCAGCCGCUCGCCAGGUCCCAAGAACCGCAAGAAGGCGGCCCCCCAGUCCUCGAGUUAUAAAUCAGACGGCGUUUCGGAUAACAAUAUCUUCCAUCUUCCCACCUCCGACUACAGGACUCUAGCUCUGGUGACCAUCGUGGCGGCAGUGGUGCGGUUGUUCAGGAUCUAUCAACCUUCAAGCGUCGUCUUCGACGAAGUCCACUUCGGAGGCUUUGCGACAAAGUACAUCAAGGGCCGCUUUUUUAUGGAUGUCCAUCCCCCUCUUGCCAAGUUGCUUGUCACACUGGCUGGCUGGCUGGCGGGCUUUGAUGGCGAGUUCGAUUUCAAGGAUAUUGGAAAGGAUUACCUCGAACCUGGUGUGCCAUACGUUGCAAUGCGGAUGCUGCCGGCGAUUAUGGGUGUCCUGACCAUUCCAUUGAUGUUUUUGACGCUCAAGGCAUCCGGAUGUCGCACUCUGACUGCAGUGCUAGGUGCUGGUGUCGUGAUCUUUGAGAACGGUCUCAUCACUCAGUCUCGCCUGAUCCUAUUAGACUCCCCAUUGGUGUUCUUCACUGCGCUCACGGCAUUGUCCUUCACAUGCUUCACCAAUCAACAGGAAUUGGGGCCAUUGCACGCCUUCCGUGGACCCUGGUGGUUCUGGCUUGCUGCGACUGGCCUCUGCCUGGGUGCUACUCUCAGCGUCAAAUGGGUUGGACUCUUUACAGUUGCUUGGGUUGGUUCGCUUACAGUCCUUCAACUGUGGGUGCUGCUUGGUGACCCUAAGAAUGUGACACCGCGCCUGUGGUUCAAGCAUUUCUUCGCUCGCGUUUUCUGUCUGAUUGUUAUUCCCCUCAGCUUUUACUGCGCCAUGUUCGGAAUCCACUUCUUGUGCCUUGUAAACCCUGGUGAUGGAGAUGGAUUCAUGUCGUCUGAGUUCCAAGCAACACUGAACUCGAAAGGAAUGCAGGACGUUCCUGCCGAUGUUGUCUUUGGCUCUCGCGUCAGCAUCCGCCACCUCAACACCCAGGGAGGUUAUCUUCACUCUCACAACCACAUGUACCCGACGGGAAGUAAGCAGCAACAGAUUACGCUCUACCCUCAUAAGGAUGAAAACAACGUCUUCGUUCUCGAGAACCAGACCCAACCUCUUGGUCCCUAUGGAACAGUGGACGGCCCCUUGGCCUGGGACAACAUCACUGCCGAACACAUUGAAGACGGAGCUGUGAUCAGGUUGAACCACUUUAUCACACGGAGACGAGUCCACUCGCAUGACGAGCGCCCCCCCGUGACAGAUGUGGAUUGGCAGUUUGAGGUGUCUGCGUAUGGAUACGAUGGCUUCCCCGGUGAUGCAAACGAUCUCUUCCGAGUUGAAAUUGUCAAGUCGUUGUCAGAGGGCGAGGAGGCGAAGAAGCGACUGCGCACCAUCCAGACCAAGUUCCGCCUUGUGCACUUCAUGACUGGCUGUGUGUUGUUUUCCCACAAAGUCAAGCUUCCUGAGUGGGGUUUUGAUCAACAAGAGGUGACCUGCGCAAGACAAGCUACUCUGCCCAACAGUAUCUGGUACAUUGAGUCGAACAACCACCCCAUGCUUGCAGAAGACGCGGAGAAAGUGAACUACAGGAACCCCGGGUUCUUUGGCAAGUUCUGGGAGUUGCAGAAGGUGAUGUGGAUUACCAACGCGGGUCUGACUGAAUCACACGCUUGGGACUCUCGCCCGCCAUCAUGGCCAACCCUGCUUCGCGGUAUCAACUUCUGGGGCAAGGAUCAUCGUCAAGUUUAUCUCCUUGGCAACCCGUUCAUCUGGUGGUCGUCCACUGCGGCCAUUGGUAUCUACAUUAUCUUCAAGGGUCUUUCCGUUCUUCGCUGGCAGCGGAGCUGUGGUGACUACAGCAACGUGAACUUUAAGCGGUUCGAUUAUGAAGUUGGUACCAGCGUACUUGGCUGGGCUUUCCACUACUUCCCGUUCUACCUCAUGGCGCGACAGCUCUUCCUUCACCAUUAUUUCCCUGCCCUCUACUUUGCUAUCAUUGCGCUCUGCCAGGAAUUUGACUUCCUCACCAACCGCAUUCAGACCCUUGGUUUGCCAUCUCGCCCGGCCAUCGGCAAAAUCCUGGCCGGCGUCUUCCUUGCGAUCAGCAUUUUCACCUUCACCCUCUACUCGCCUUUGAUCUAUGGCAACCCCUGGACACAGGAGGCUUGCAACCAGGUGAAACUUUUGAGUACCUGGGAUUUCGACUGUAACACCUUCUACACUAGCCUCGACCAAUAUGUUACCCAAAUUGUGGACACGCAUGCGGCCAUUCCCACGACCGAAGCGCCGGUGCCACAAGCGCCUCCCGUGGUGGUGGAACAGCCACCACAGCAGCAGGCUCCGCAACAGAACCAGGCAAUCUUGAACCAGGAGCCGGAGAAACCUGUUGUCACGGAGCGGGCUCGUCAUAGCGCCAAGGCCCGCGUGGAAUACCGCGAUCAAGACGGAAAUGUUCUGGAUGAAGAACUUGUUGCUGCGUUGAAGAAGGAGGGUAAAGUCCAAUUUGAGACCCGCCACGAGACGAAGACUCGCCUGGAGAAUGGCCAUCUUGUUGAUAUGGUGGACGGCCAACUCGCCCCACCGCACCCCGACGUGGAAGGCCAGAACCCUGAAACUGUUGGACGGCAGCCGCCUGUGGCUGCUGAGGACCGCCCGGCUUCAGCAGUCGGACAAGGCAGCUCUCUCGAGCAGCAAAAUUCGCCUGACCCGAAACCAGCCAGCGAGGUCAACGAGGCGACCCAAUCUUGAAUAGAACGGCAGCAUCUGUGAGGGAUCGCUGUCCUGGUUUUGAUCUUUGG